GCUCUAGAACAAAAUUGGUAUCCCAAGCAAUCAGAAGCUGUCUGGCUCGGAUCCUCAUGCGUUUCCUGGCUACGGCCGCAAUGACUGGAAACGAGAAAACGCGAUGAAAAAAAAGAAAAGCGGAAUCGCUCUGGGACAAAGAUUGACAGCUUGGCAGACACUAGGCGAAGUUUGGGACGCGACUGGAGACUGCUAAUCUGCUACCGCACUGCUCAUGCAAAAGACAUAGGCGUGAAAGAAAAGCGCGUAUUGCAGAUGCCCCUUGCAAAGUAGGACAGCAUCCACGGCGUGUCUCUCCCUUCGCCACGUUAUUGGAUCAUUUCAGUCAGUACCUAGAAAAGAAGGACGCUAUACUGAAACGAGCUUCGUCCAUUUAGUUAGGUUUUUUUAAACAGUUUUUUUUACCUUCUGUAAUACAGGUACCGUGCACGUUUACCUUGCCUACCUUAAGGUUUUUUCAUGCUUUUAUCUUUUUUUUAAAAAAAAUUCCAGAUGAACCAGAUCGUUGGCAUUAUCUUUAAAAACCGUAUGUGCUACGCUGAAUUUAGCGUCUUUUAACAGUUUUUUUAAUGUGGGUUAUUUUCAGUCUUGUAUAUACAACACAGAUGCGUGAAUAGAAAAUGCCCUUUUAAUGAAGUUAUGCCCUCCACGGGAAACAAACGACGGGAAAUAAUGACAGAAAACUGAAAUUGAAGUGGCAUAAGUGCGUUUCAUCGGUGUACUGUGCUGUCUGCCUUUCUGCCGGACCUGCUACAUACGGCAGACAGUUAUGUGUACAAAUAAUUUCUGUCUGUGAGAUAUUUAGCCUGGUAUGCAGACGUAAGGAAUUAUCAAGGAGGGGAAGUUAAAAAUAAAAAAAAAAACCGAGAGAGAAGAGACGCUUUCUCCUUCGCCCACAGCAGCGUCGGGCAGAUGUUUCUGGAGAAUGGUAAAUGACCGAUGGGGAAUCAUGAACAGUGUUUCUGAACUCGAAGAUGGACAGCGAAAUAAAAGCCAGCGGUCAGGUUGCAGUUACCUCUUGUGCACCAUCUUGCUCUUUGUGGCCGUGCUCCUGGCAGUCACAGUCACCGGCACCAUCCUCCUCAUGAACCAUUACCACAACCCGCCUGCAGCUGACAGCCCCCAUGUCAGCACCAAUCAGAACGAAGGCAACGCCCUGGUGACGGUUGACCGAGGCGACGGUUCGCGCAUCAACAUCUUCAUAGACCCAAACUGCCCGGACUACAACAGUAAUUUCUUGCGCCUGGAAGGUGUGCAGACCUCACUGUUGCAUUCGCUCACUGACCACGACUCGGACCUCAAGUCGGUCAAGGGUCAGGACCAUGCCCUGCUGGUUAAUCUGGCUGAGGAGGUGGCCAAACUCUCUGCCCAUGCAGGCCAGUUAAAGAUGGACUAUGAGUCACUGCGGCGUGGCCAGGGAAACCUGGGACAGGAGCUUAAUACCCUGCAGACAGAGCAGGGCCGACUCAUCCAGCUGCUUUCCGAGAGCCAGAUCAACAUGGUGAAGGUGGUGAAUUCUGUGAGCGACGCUCUCAGCUCCAUGCAGAAGGAGACGGGCGUCAUCAAGACGCGGCUGAAGGCGGAUCUGCAGAGGGCCCCAGUGCGUGGAGCCCGCCUCAAAGGCUGUGCCAAUGGCUCCAGGCCCCGAGACUGCAGUGAUAUCUACGCGAGCGGACAGAGAGAGGAUGGCAUUUACUCGGUGUUUCCCACACAUUUACCCUCUGGCUUCCAGGUCUACUGUGACAUGACCACAGCCGGGGGAGGCUGGACGGUUAUUCAGCGCAGGGAAGAUGGAUCAGUGGACUUCUUUCGGGGAUGGGAUGCCUACCGCGAAGGCUUUGGGAAGAUCACGGGAGAACACUGGCUAGGUAUGAAGCAGAUCCAUGCUUUAAGUAUCCAGGCCAACUACGAGCUGCGCAUUGACCUGGAGGACUUUGAGAACAGUACCGCCUAUGCACAUUAUGGCACCUUUGGAGUGGGCCUGUUCUCAGUGGAUCCAGAUGAUGAUGGAUAUCCACUCACAGUUGCUGACUACUCUGGCACUGCAGGUGAUUCUUUGCUGAAGCACAAUGGAAUGAAGUUUACCACCAAAGACCAGGAUAACGACCACUCUGAUAAUAACUGUGCCUCAUUCUACCGUGGCGCCUGGUGGUAUCGCAACUGCCACACGUCUAACCUGAACGGGCAGUACCUGAAGGGCCAGCACACGUCGUACGCCGAUGGCAUCGAGUGGUCCUCUUGGACCGGUUGGCAGUACUCGCUCAAGUUUACUGAGAUGAAGAUCCGUCCCACCAGAGAGGAGAACAAAUGACAGAGUAGAGGAAAAAUACAGAAUGGGAAAAGAAACUGACUACUAGGUCAUAGAUAUUUAAGAGCUUUUUUUUCUCCAGUGACAAGAACUAAUUGGUUUAGUAUUCUUCUCUCUAAUUCCUGUGGAACUAACACAUUAUUCAAACCAUUCUCUUUUAAUAGCUGUACGGUAAUCCUUUCCAAUGCCAUGAACCAUCUUUAGUGUUGCACUGAUUUGAUUGAAGCCCACAGGGCUGUACAGAGAUUUGUGUCUCUCUCCUGACUGGGUUUUCAGAUGCCAUCACUUACUGGAGUUAUGUGAUUAUUUCUGAGAUUCCUGAAAUUGCAAAACAGAAAAAAAAAAAUCUGGUAAUCAAUUAAACAAAUAGGUUGCGUGAAGCAUUCUAAUUGAGUUAUUAAUAAUUAACGAAUAGCUGGAAGAGCUUAGAUUACACAUCAAGUUAAGAGUGUUAUCUGUAAGCUGAGAAGAAUCCCUUGACUCCAGACACGGAAGGUAUCCAGAUAAGAUAACAUGUUAAAUUCAGCUUCUGAUGCAUGUCUUUUGGAAUGGAGCAUAGUUCCUGGUGGGCUGUGGGUUCCUGUCCCAUCUUUGCAGCACCCCCACAAAUGGCGAUUAUGGAUAUGAAGUAACAUGGUACCAAACAUCAUCCAUCGAAGCACUCCCAUCACAGUGGUUUCACAGGGGCUAUUAACAAGCAUAUUGGACAAUUUUGUUUCCCAGCACUUUUGGCAUUUGACUACAAGCUAAACACUUUGGCAGCUGGUGACGGUAGAGCUAAACUGUUUUAACCCUUCCCUCUAACCUUGAAGGAAGCAGAAGCAAAGACAGUUAGUCACACUAUGUUCCUGGCCUCAUUUACAAGAUAGGAUAAAUUCAAUUAUACUCUAAGCUGCUCUGCUCAAAGGCUGAAAAGCAAAAGUUUUCCUACACAAUAAGGAACAGUCUCACAACAAUUUACACUUGUAGGAAAUGGGCUAGUAAUAAUAGUGAAGGCUUUUAAGUUUUGCCCAUCUGAGUAGUUCUUUUAAUAGGUAAUUGGUUCCAGUUUUGAGCUGGAAAUAUACACUACAGUACACAAAUAAAGGGGCUGCACACCUCAUUUAGGUACUUAAAGCAGGGAGCCCGAGCCAUCAGGGCAUUUAAGCGGCUAGGUAGCCCCUAGUAUCCAUUUGCUAUCUGUAUAGUGAAUCUACUGCAAGCACAGAACUUUCUGCUUCAAUUCAAUGAGCCAAAGUGUACAGUGUUUCAUUAAGUACUGCUCAACAUUAUUAAAAUCCAUGGUAGCACAUGGUUGUGUUAUGGUCGAGGGCACGGAACAGGGAAAACAGGAGCAGGAGUCACAAAAUUGGGCAAACAAGGGGUUCAAAUCAAGAAAACACAUUUAGGAACACAUCACAACGUCAAUGACCGGACUGGGGAAACAUACUUGAACAUGGACUUAAAUACACAGGACUGGUUAACAACAACGAGCAACAGCUGGUAACACAGGGAUUCCACAUGAGGUAGCAAGUGGGCAUGGCACACGGGAGGAACAGACGAGCAGGGCAUGACAGGUUGUAUUCCCAAUCUACACAGAAGAGUUGGGAAAUAGGUAACCUGAACACGAAGAGUACAUCUAUCGUGUUUUCAUUUGCUUUUGCUUAGUGUCGCUGCAUUGUUUUUGCAGGAAGCAGCAUACCCCUGAUUUUACCUGCAGUUUUUGCAGCGGUUUUGUAUCAGUCUUCAUUGCACACAUCUCCGUGCCUACCAGGAAGCCAGAGGUUCCUUUUUUAUUGUUAAUCAUAUGUUUGCUUGUUCAGCCACCACCCGGCAAACCCUGGCUAAUUUAAGCCCUCCUUCCUUUAGCUGAAUGGUGCCAAUUUGUUCCACUGCUGCCAGACCCAUAGUAACACAUAGCAAAAUGACAGAAUCUCAAACUUUUGAAGGUUGUUAAGAUCAUACAGUAUGUAGCAAUUAUUUCAGAUUUUUUAUGACAAAAACAAUAAGCGUCAAUAAGGCCUAAUGGCCCAAGACAUAAGGAGCAAAAUACCAUCCCUUUGAGAAGGAAUACAAUGGUGUCUUUCUAUUUCCACUGAAUUUGCAGAUAGCUUACAUCGCUGAUUUUAAUUCUAUUGUUUUAGCUGGAGUUAUUUUGAAAAUUCCAUGAUGGUCAAAGGACUGACAUCAAAGCCCUUUUUGUUUUAUGAAAAGGAAUUCAUAAAUAUGUUGCCAGGCAGUUAGAGGAAAAAAGUUUCUGUACAGUAUAAAAAAAAAAUUAAAUAGACAUUUCAGUAACUUACUGUAAAAAUGUGCAAUUGUUUUUUUUUCUGUAUAAAUUGAAUUGUUUACUUUUUGAUGUACUAAAAGCUUUAAAAUAACUGUACAUUUAUUGUAGAGUGUAUGUUUUAGAGACUAUUGGAGCAUGUAUAUUAUGUCAUAAAAUAGCACAACUGGAAUUCAAGACCAUUUCUGAAAAACCCAUUUAAAAGAUGAAUUAUUCAUUAUGCCCUUGAAUAUAUUUUUUAAGUAUUUAAUUCAUUACUAGACAGAGGUUCAAUUUGUCUCUCUUCAAGAACAAAUUUAAGUUUGUUACUGGAAUUACAGUUUGUGUAACAGAAAGUAUCUGAAAACUAAUGUGAAAAAAUAUAUUUCUAGUCUGACUUUGUGAAACAACUAUGAAACAGUUAUACAUUUUGUAAUCACAAGAAAUUACCAAGAAUAGUUCACCUAAGGAUACAUUAGGUAUGAAACUGAAAAUCUCCCUAUGCAGCUAGGGCUGCCUUGCAUGGUUCGUGGGACCAGGACAAAAACCAGGCCCCAUAACGUCCCACUCCUAACCCACUGCGAGCUCCUAAAGCCUAUAAAUGAAAAAUACAUUGAAGUUUUGGAAAUACAAUGAAUAUUUUAUUUCAAUUCAAGCACAGAAGCUUGCUUGACUCUGUAUAGCUGCAUUCCUAUACACAUGAAAUCAUUUCUUUUAGGAAUUCUUGAAAAAAUACUUGUACAAAAAAGAAGUGAAUUGCAGAACUUAAUUCUGCAUCCUUGCAGUGAGAGCAGCUUUCUAUGCCGAAUGACUGUAGCUUUCCAAUGAUGUUUUAUUGUCUUACAAAAAAAAUUCAGUAAUUCAGUACUGCAGCAUGGAUAGACUGUCGAUGGGUUGAACCGCUAAACACAAAGUUUUGCGUUUAGUUGAAUGUUUGUUUAAGAUAUGCUGGGAGUAUGAAUUUGCUGUCAGGAAGAAGAAAAUGAAAAAUAAUUGUGAAAAACAAUUCUUAUAUUUGGAACCACAAAGAGAGAGAAAGAUUAUAAAGAAUAGAGCCUCCCCUACUGGCAGUCUCAUGAAAUUUAGGAUAUAUCCAGUCACUUUUACCUUUAAGAUUUUGAAUGUUCUUCAGUAGAAGCAUUCUGGGACUAACAAAAAAGACCUUCAUAUGCCUUCAUUUUAAUGUUUUUUUUUUUUCAAUUUUAUAAGGAAAAACUAAACUGUUGGCAACAAAGUGUGCAUAUUGGUGAAUUAUUUCCCUGAUUUCCUACAAUAUGCUCUCAGUGAAGUCAUAUAGAUUGUUUUGCUGAAUCUUGAUACUGUGUUUUAAUGUUCUUGUUGGCAUUUAAUAAAUAUUCACGUUUUAUAAGUGA